AACCUAUUAAAAAUAAUAAUAAAAAAAUCAUAAAGCCGACACAGAGACGUUGAAUAAGAAAGGAGAUGGAGCAAGUGGGCUGCUCAUGUUUUGAUGUUUAUAAAUAUAAUAGUCACCUUCUUUUUUUAUUGCUUUAUUUAUCAACUUAGCAUUUACUUACCAUAGAUUGUUUUUUGUUUUUAUUAACAUAUUCUCUGCUUUUGUUUUCUGUUUUGUUUGCUUUCAUAAAAAUAAAGUUGUUACAAUACAAGCAAACAUUUCUUUCUCUCUUUCUUGUAUUGGUUUUGGUUUGGUUUUCAUUCAAAUGAUUAAAUAAUUAAAGUGCUUUUUUGAGAGAUUGUUAAUGGAAGAAGGCUACAUAAGAAGCAACUUCAAAAGGAUUUGUGUGUUCUGUGGAAGCAACUCUGGCCACAGAAAAGUCUUCAGUGAUGCUGCUCUUGAAUUGGGCAAUGAACUGGUGAGGAGAAAGAUACACUUGGUCUAUGGUGGAGGAAGUGUUGGAUUGAUGGGUUUGAUAUCCCAGACUGUUCAUGAUGGAGGUUGUCAUGUCCUUGGGAUUAUUCCAAAAGCUCUCAUGCCGCUUGAGAUAUCUGGUGAGACUGUUGGAGAACUGAAAACUGUUUCAGACAUGCAUGAGCGUAAAGCUGCAAUGGCUCGAGAAGCUGAUGCCUUUAUUGCGCUUCCUGGGGGAUAUGGUACCAUGGAAGAGCUGUUGGAGAUGAUAACGUGGUCCCAACUUGGAAUUCAUAAGAAACCGGUUGGUCUGCUAAAUGUUGAUGGAUACUAUAAUUCUUUGCUUGCAUUAUUUGACAAUGGCGUUGAAGAAGGUUUCAUCAAACCAAGUGCUCGGCAGAUAAUUAUUUCUGCUCCUACUGCCAAAGAACUUCUGGAAAAGAUGGAGCAAUACACUCCAUCUCAUGAACAUGUUGCUCCUCAUGAAAGCUGGCAGAUGGAGCAACUCGGUGAUUAUCCAAAGCAAUAAUAUGUGCAGUAAAUUAUUGGUGGUAGGUUUUUUUCCUGAAUUGAUUUCUGAUGUGAUUCAUCAUCAUUUGAGUUGUGUACAAGUAUCUAUUUAAAUGGGGCCAAAUAUUGUUCAUUACCAUGUACUUUUGUCGUUGUUUGUGGUUUGAAUUCUAUUAAAAUUAUCAUUGCUGUCUUACAGCAUAUUUUCAUUAUAGUCAAUUUGCCCACUAUUCCUCAGUCAUAUCAAAU